UUGAGAUAAAGCUUAGUCCUAAAGCCCUAUAUAUUACAGAACCAUCAUAGUCUCGUUUCACUUCCCAUCGUUGUUACAUUACUCUCUGUUUCUACUCCGAUCGAAACUUUUCUACUUUGAUUUUCUCUUACGAUUUGAUCACAGUCUCGUCUCUUUGAAGAUGGCUCCUCGUGAUAAAAAACCAAACAAGUCCUCCUCGGAAGAUGAUGAUUUGCAGAGGAAGAAGAAACAGAGCUUUUUCAAACAGAGAUUUCCUGGUUUAAAGAAGAAAGCUACAGAGCUCUCUGUUCUUUGCGGUAACUCUGUUGGUUUCAUCUGUUACGGUCCCGACAACGAUCUCCAUGUUUGGCCUCAGCCUCAUGAUCAUAACCCACAAACCCUAACACAGAUCGUGGCCAAGUUCAAUGCGUUGAGUGAUAACAAGAGGAUGCAUAACGCCUGCGAUCUCUACGACUUCCCUAAUCUCAAGGGUUUAUCCGGUGACGAGUUGAGGAACCAUCUCGUUAACCUUGACUCUCACUUAGUCGGGGUCAAGCAACACAAGAUAAGUAUAUUACGAAACUUGAAGAAGCCUAAGUCGAAGGAAACGGAAGAGGAUGAUCAUCUUAGGGUUUCAGACAACAACACCAUCAUCUCAAACCGCAAGGUGUUUUCGUCCGAAGAUCAGAGAUUAGGGUUUGGUGGGGUAUUUGACGAGUUGGGUUACGUAUUACGUGGCUCCCACGAAACUGUUUCCAACAUUGUAUCUUCUACUGCUUCGAAGGUUUCUAGGGAUGUUGGUAGUGUUACGGAUUCUUCUCUACUUAAUCCUUUCACGUUAGGGUUUUCCAAUGAUUAUUUCCCGGCGGUUCUUAUGGCGGUCACAAAUAAUUUGGGGGUUUGUGCCAACAAUGGUGGUGUGUGGGAUCUUUCUUGGAUAGAUUCAAAGUUUUCUUCAACACUAUUUACUGAUGAUUGGACGGUUUCUGGCUACAAUCCACUUCUCGGAGCCACUGAUUCUUUUACGGCGAGCACUUACCAAACGCCGGUCACUGAUAAUUUAGGGUCCGUCUUCUAG